AUGUCUGCAUCUCCACUUCUUGUAGUUCAAUCUUUAAUCAGCGCACUUCAUCUCCUUGUAAAGUCUAUUCCCACGAUCAAAAACCUAAUAAUCCAUACUCUCUAUGAUAUGUCCCUAGCACCUCAAUUUAAAACUACAAGCAUAAAGGAAAAGGAGAGAAUAUCAAAAAUAUCUGAAUCCCAUAAUAAAUAUUUGCUUGAACAUUUAAUAAAUUUUAGUAAAGAAACUCGAGUUGAAGUUAUUUAUUUAAGAGCUGGUAAAAUUAUUAAUGAAUUGCAUACCGAUACUGAAUUUAGAAUACGCAGUCUUGGAAUCACAAAUUGUGUAGAUGCUGCCAUUGAUAAUUAUAAUGAAAAAACACCAAAAGUAUUAGAUAUAAAUAAUGAAAAAUAUCAUAACUCGGAUUUAACUUGGUAUUCCAAUUUAGCAUUGUUCUCAACAAUUUCUUCAUUUUUAAAUUCUAUUAAAGAACAAAAUUUCGAUAAAAAUUCAUUUUUUUAUUGGGAUAAUUAUCAUUUCACUACAAAAGUUCAUAAAUAUUUGGCUACAAAUUUUUUAGAAAUUUUAGAAAACUCAGAUCUUUAUCUUUCAAUACAUCACCCAACUGAUGAAAAAGAUAACUCUUCUGAAUGCGUAUUUGGAAUGGACUUUGGAAAUUAUAUAGCAAUAUUUAAACACGAACUUUCCUAUUGUUAA